CGUUGGAUGUAAAUGAAAUUGCAAGGCUAUAUUUGGAGAGAGCUGAUGUCACAAGUGGUUUGAGCUGGGAGCCUAUAACUGUUGGAGUCGGUUUGUGUGACAGUCGGACAAACCCUGCACUGCUGCACCGACAGACCGAGAUCUGCUGCCAACAAAACAGAAAGAUAACACCGUUCACUAUGUAUCACCUGAGGGUGCCUGUGCUCGUCCUCAUGCUGCUUGUGCUGCUGCGCUGUGUCACCACUGCCCCAAGCCACAGGUACUUCAGUCCCAGCUCAUCCAGCGAGCAGGAAAGUGCUCUCCCAUACGGUGAAGGCUGGUUAGCACCGGGGCUAAUGUCUAACCCAUUCCUCGACCUCAUGGGUGCGAGGCCACGAAGGGGGCUCACAGCUAUGAACAGCCACCGCAUAGAGAAGAGGAAGUGCAACACAGCCACCUGCGUUACCCAGAGGCUAGCAGACUUCUUGGUGCGCUCCAGUAACACGAUCGGUACAGUCUACGCCCCGACCAACGUGGGAUCUGGGACCUACGGCAAGAGGGACCUACUGCAGCCGCCCAGCUAUCUGCCUCUCUAGUAACAAAAUGUGGACUCCUCACACUAGCACUCCCAGUGCUCUGAUGAUAUAACCAGUCAUCUUAUGUAACAACGGUUGUGAGAAUGGUGUUAAGGAUGAAAAUGAUGGUGAUGAUUAUGAGCAUCACCAUGUUCUUGUUUAUUUUAUACUUUAAGAAAC